AUGCAGCUUCCCCCACCCAUCGAAGCUUUGUCAUGGGCAAUGCCAGCAGAACUUCUGAGACCCUGGCUAUCAUGCUACAAUGCAGUAGGUGCCGAGACGGCAGCAGAUCUGACGCCAUCGCUGGAGGCCAUGCAGGUGCGACUUUUGGAGCAACUUGAGCAGAAGCUCUUGGCUUUGGGCUUCGUGGUGUCGCGUCUGACCUUGGCGCGCAGAACGCCUCAGCGGUCGGCUGAUCAGGUGGAGCGCUGGGGCGAGCGCUUGGAAGCACGAAUGCUGGAAGUUCUGAACACCAAAGUUGAGGAAGUGGCAGCAAGCCUCCGCACCGCCAUGAGAGCCGAGCAGGCACCCGUUGCAUUGCACCAGUGCUGGGAGUGCCGUGCAGCCAGCUUGCUCAAGGACCCAAACACGGGCAAAAAGCCUGCCACCCAGGCAGGCGCCAAGCCGGAGCAUACACCGAAGAAGUCCCUCCGUGAGAAGUUCGGCCUCGCGGACCCCAAGUACGACGAGAAGAUCGAACUCCUGAAACGAGAAGACGGUGCAGAAGCCAAGUACGCGAAAGCGCUGGAGAUCUCCGGAGGAGAAGAAAAGCUGCGAAGCUUUCAGGACCUGAGUAACGAGCUGCAGAGGAAGCAUGGCCUCCACGAGGAGCAGAAAGGCAUCAUUGAAACCGGCGAGCGCGCCGCACGUAGCGUCAAGGUGAAUUUCCAGCCCUUCUUUCCCACUCUGGAUGAGCUCUUUGAGUUUGCGCACAAGCACAAACAUCAUUUCUUCGACCUUGUGGAUAGGGUCGCGACAGCCACUCAUGGUACCUGUGCAAGGCCUGAGCUGAAAGGCAAAGAACGCUGCGAGUCAAAGGCAAAGUUUAAGUACAUGGAUGCCGCCGGCAACAUCGAAUGGCACAGACUUACUGACAUCGUUCGAGACACGCUCAGCUACGAGAACUUGGAAGAUAUGUACCAUGGACUGAAGCUGAUCGAUGAGGACAAAAACGUUGAAAUCGUGGAGUUUAACGACCGGUAUCAGACUCCAUUGGAUGGCGGAUACCGCGACCUCCAGCUUACGCUUCGAGUGCAAGGUGAGUUGGUCUGUGAGCUGCAGCUUACAACAAAGUACAUGCUCUUCAUCAAGGAGUCGAGUGGACACAGGGUGUUCGAGAUCAAGCGACAGCUCAUCGCCGAUGUAGCGGCCAACAGCGAGCUGGCAUGUCAGAAAACACUCCUCUGGGCUGGAAAGGACGCAAAGGCUGUGCUGCGGGAGAAGAAGAAGCCCAUGCUCCACAUAGCAGCUUCGCAGGGCAACUCCCGCAUGGUGCAGCUCUUCCUUCAGCACGGGGCGGAUGUAGACCUUGAGGAAGAGACUACUCAGCGCACGGCCCUGCACGAGGCGAUGGCCAAGGGGCACGCUUGCGCAGCAUGGGCCCUGAUCUCGGCGGCUGCGAAGCAAGACGUCGAGGAUGCAGACGGGCAGACGCCCCUCUUGCUCGGACUCUUGCGCCAGCGCGUGGACCCCGAGAGCGAGGCCGUGGCGAGGUGCGUCUCGAUGUUGUCUCAGAGGUUGGGCCUGGAGGAGUUGCGGCGAGCCAAGCAGAAGUUCAGCGAGGUGGUGCAACAACGGCUCAAGAACAGCUCGGAGCUCGUCAGUGCGGCCUACGACAACAAUGUGCAGAAAGUCGUCGAGCGCCUGCGCACGUGGGCGAACCCCAACAGCAUCACGAACGACGGGAAGCACGCGCUCCACCGAGCGCUGGCUCAGGGCCACACUGCCGUGGCCAGGCAGCUGCUGACCUAUAAGGCCGACAUCUAA